AUGGCAUCCCGGCAGUCUGCCCCGGUGCUGUCCCGCGCGGCCUCCAAACGACUAGCUGCGAAGGAAAAGGAGCUGCACGCCGCGGAGAUCUCCUUGACCCUCAUGGCCGCGAUUCAGGCAGUGGAGCAGAAAGUGGACGCGCACGCCGCCCGGCUGCUGCAUCUCGAAGGGAGAGCGGGGACGGUGGACAAGAAGCUCAUCGGCUGCGAGAAAACCGUGGUGGAGUUCGGCAACCAGCUGGAGGGGCGGUGGGGCGCGCUGGGCACCCUCAUCCAGGAGUACGGGCUGCUGCAGCGGCGCCUGGAGAACAUGGAGAACCUGCUCAAGAACAGGAACUUCUGGGUCCUGCGCCUGCCGCCCGGCGCCAAGGGGGAAACCCCCCAGGUGCCGGUGACGUUCGACGACGUGUCGGUCUACUUCAGCGAGGAGGAGUGGGAGAGCCUGGCCGGCUGGCAGAAGGAGCUGUACAAGAACGUGAUGAAGGGCAACUAUGAGACCCUGGUCUCGCUGGACUACGCCAUCUCCAAGCCCGACCUGUUGUCCCGGAUCGAGCGAGGGGAGACGCCGUGCAUCGGGGAGCAGGUGGACGGGGAGGUCCCCGUGGAGCCCAGCACAGUGGUGAUCGAAGCGGAAGAGGAGCAGCCCAGAAGCCUGGAGCUGCAGAGGACAUUGCUGGCGGCCGAGGCUUUCCAGUGCCCGGAGCAGGAGAUGUUGCAGCAUGAGAGUCUGGACAGCCCAGGAACAGAGAUGCUUGGGCACGGCCCGGGGAAGCCGGCUGCUCCCGCGCUGGACUUCCCAGAUGCCAACCCAAUGCUGCUGUAUCAGCUCGUGGCCCUGCAGCCGCGAGACCGUGGGGCGGAGGGCCCCCUCCCAGUGCUGCCGGCCGAGAGCACCCCACCCCGGCACAGCCCCCGCGCCCACCCAGCGGCAGGGAAUCCCUACUCGUGCCCCGAGUGCGAACGGCGCUUCUGCCACAAGUCCAGCCUGCGCAAGCACCUGCGGUCUCACGGCGGGGGCUGCGGCCGGAGCCCGCUGCAGAAGGGGAGCCCGGCGCGGGGCCCGUGCAAACCGAGGAGCCAAGGCGCUGGCGCCUUCCAGUGCUUGCAGUGCGGGCAGCGCUUCAGCUGCCCCUCCCACCUGCUGCGGCACCAGCGCACCCACACGGGCGAGCGCCCCUACAAGUGCACGCAGUGCGAGAAGCGCUUCACCCGCAAGCAGUACCUGGUGGAGCACCAGCGCGUGCACGCCGGAGAGCACCCCUACACCUGCCCCCACUGCUCCAAGAGCUUCCGCUACAAGCGCUCCCUCCGCUACCACCAAAAGAGCCACGCCGCCCACGCCAGCCCCCUCCACGACCUGCUGGACCCUGGGCCGGCUGGUGGGCACCUGGGGUGACCCCGAGCCCUCACCCACCCUCUGGAGGGAAGUGACUCACUGUUUUGACAUGGGGCCAGAGCCGGAAACGUGGGAUGGCUGUCUGCCACGUGCUGUGGGGUGUGUGGUACCUGGCCGCCAGGCUGCCCUGCCUCUCCCCUCCUUCCUGGUGUCUCCAGCAUCCCGAGCAGUGCAAGCUGGGGAUCCAGCUAGCCAUGCACGCGUGGCCCGUCGGGUUAGACUGCGAGCUCCCUGGGGCAGUUUGGUUCCCUGCUCUGCCACAGAUGUCGUGUGUGGCCUUGGCCAACUCACUUGGCCUCCGUUCCCGUUGUGCAGACAGCAGUGGGGGCUGCGCUCGGAGCUAACCAGCUGCUCCAUGACCUCUGGUCUGCUCUGGUUUCCCUCUGCACUGUGUUGGCUAAGUCCAGACAGCCAUCUGCCUGGUUGGGGCAACCUCAUUGCCUUCCUACAGCUCAUCCCCGUCCUGGCCAGCCUUUCCCUGGCUGUGUGGAGCUCAGCUGGAUCCCUCCUUCCAGUGCAGAGAUGUUCCUAAGCCUCUUUGCAAAGGACAUUUGAAGGAUCCCGUGGUAUCUUAGGGUCUAGGUUGUCUAUCUGGGGGCAGAGUUGUAGGCUCUGUGCUUCCCGCUGCCGUCUGCCUGUUAGGGAGCUGGUGGAGUUGGGGGUGGGGGGUGAAUGGAUGGGGCAGCGGAUGAAUAACCCUCUGGCCUCUUCUGCGAUCCCAGCCAGCGACAAGACAAGAAGGAGACCCUGGAAGAUGCUAUGCAAGCUUGACAGCGAGGAGAGCACCCUGAGCUGGGAAGAAGGGGGUGGCAGCAAGGGGAACAGCUCCAGAGAAGAGGGACUUUGGUGCACAGGGGCCGGCACUGUGCACCUGCCCCACGUGUGCGCACGGCUUCCCAGACCAGGCUGGACUCGGCACAGCCGGGGCAGAGCCAGGGGAGCAGUGGUGCAGUAUCACCCCCCUUUUGUCUCCAGCUCCACCCAGAGUUUAAAACAAACUGCUUGGCACUAGCAUUUCUAGUCAGGCGGCCCUGACAUCCUGGCUCAUCAUAAUCCACCCAACUCCUUCUAAACUCUUCACUCCGCAGGUGUUAACAGCUGUCUCUCCUUUUUCUAUGAUUAACUCAGGUGAAUAUUCACUCAGGUGCAGAUAACUUUCAGUGAAGCAUUGGAUGUACUGCCAAGAUGCUGAAGAAGGCCUGAUUUAGUUUUAUGAAUCUAAAAGAGAGACAUACAUUGAAAUCAAAUAACUACAGGACUAACAAAACUAAACUGCAUCUUCUGGUUCGCUUGCCCUGUUUGAUGUGUUCUUUACACACAACAGUUUAAUGAACAGUCCAAUAAAGUUGUAUUUGUUUUUGCUUUGAUUUUAAACUGAAUAAUACAACCCAA